GAGAGAGAGAGAGAGAAGAAAGGACAACCAUGGCAUGAGAAUCAGAUUUCCUGUUAUGCCACAGCCAGACCUAUGGAGUGCCUAAGAUGUGGCAGGAGAGGCCAGGGAAGCCCCUCCUUUUCCUAGAACUCUAAGCAUGCCCCAUUCCUUGUCCAGCCCUUCUUGGGAUCUCCCACAUCUAGGGUGUUUGCAUCAUACAGGUGAUGCCAGGCUUAGGGGUUCCUUGGCACUACAGAACUGAUGGCAUCCCUUCAAGCAGAUGCUAGAAUGAUCCCCAGAGACAAGAAGAGAGACUGAGAAUGUCCAGAGAGGGACAAUGAUCUGUGCAGGAUCAAACUUGUACAAGGAUGAGAGAGCAGGUCUGAGCCAGGUGACACUGUCUGCCACCAGGCCAGCCCUGUGGCAGGUGCUGCCUGUGUUGGUGCAACUGUGGACAGUGGGCACAUGGCAUGGGGUAGUGGAAUAGGUAGUGCCCACUGAGAAUUUGGGGAUAUUUUGUGUGAGGAGGGGGCUGAGCUUAGGAGCCACAGGAAGUGGCCUCACUAUGUUGGUGAUGACCUAUUGAACUGGCUGCCCCGGCAACCACCCCAACAUUCCAGAGUUGAGUCUAAGCCAGCUCACUUGGAUAAGAGUCUCAUAAGAAGAUGUUCCUUUGUUGCAUCCCGCGAUGCCGAAGCCCAGGCCCCAAGAAACCCUGCUGUGGGCGCCUUGCCCAGUGGUGGGGACAUUGGGCCAACCCUCACUCCCGACGUACCUGGCGCUUAAAACAGAAAAAGGCCAGGGUCCAGGACCAGUCAGCCUCGCCCCUGGAGCAGCACAGCAGGCUGGGGAUCGCCAGCAGCCCAGACCUGCAUCAGUUGCCUAAAACUGAUGAGCUCUGUGUGGUGGGGCAGAGGUCAAACAUGCUCACAGCUCUGAAGCUACCAUCACAGAUGUUCCCCAGCAUGCACAAACCACCUGAGGUCCCACUCAGUCACUUGGUAACCAUUGCCCAGAGAGAGCCCAGGGGUUCCAUAAAUGCCCAUCUCACAGCCGGGACAGUGGGGCCUGAGGACGGCUCCACCUGUGCUGGAAGUGAAGCAAGGCAAGGGCCAGGCCCGGCACCUGACCUCACGGCUGGAGCAGAACAGACCACUGACCUUCAAGCAACAUUCCUGCUGGAGCAGUGCUGGCCCUCCAAGGAGGAGCACUGGCACAAGGAUGCACGGGGGACAGCCGUGUCCCCAGGGACUGAGCAGGGUGCACCAGACACAGCACUGGCCCCGGCCUCAGCCCCAGCUCCUGCAGUCCCUUCUGCUUCAGCCCCAGUGCCACACCUGUCCUUCCCCAUCCCCGUGAUCCUGUAUUUCUCUUUACUCCUCCCCAUUGUGUUCCUUUUCUCCACCUUAUUGUCCCUAUACUAUAAUAAAAUUUAAUUCCUUA